AUGCCGAAAGUAUAUCUAUUAGAUUAUGUGGCGGGCAAUAUACGGAGUUUGGUCAAUGCGAUAGAGAAGGUGGGGUAUACAGUGGAAUGGAUCAAGUCGCCGGAAGAUGUCGAGAAGGCCGAUAAACUGAUUCUCCCUGGUGUCGGUCACUUCGGUCACUGCAUGACUCAAAUUUCCAAUGCAGGCUACCUCCCGGCCAUACGAAAGCACAUCGAAUCCGGAAAACCAUUUAUGGGUAUUUGUGUUGGGCUGCAAUCGCUGUUCGAAGGCUCCUCGGAAAACUCAUCGGUUCCCGGCCUCGGCAUCAUCAAAGGCCAUCUCGAUCGAUUCGACGAUAGCUCGAAAGCUGUGCCUCACAUUGGGUGGAAUAGCGCGAAUACAUCGGAUAAACAAGUCUUUGGCCUAAGACCCAGCUCAAAAUACUACUAUGUCCAUUCGUAUAAAGUGCCGUACAAGAAAGGGGAGCUUGAGAAUCAGGGCUGGACAGUGGCAACUGCAAGGUAUGGGGAUGAGGAGUUCGUUGGUGCGGUUGCGAAAGGAAACAUCCUCGCGACACAGUUUCAUCCGGAGAAGAGCGGUGUUGCCGGCUUGAGAGUUCUAAAAGCGUUCUUGGAUGGCAAGCAAGAGAGCGAGGUCAAUGCCGCAAUCAAGGCAGUCGAGGAAGGCCUGACGAGAAGAGUCAUCGCCUGUUUGGACGUGCGAACAAAUGAUCAAGGUGAUCUUGUCGUCACGAAGGGCGACCAAUACGAUGUCAGAGAAAAGUCCGAAGCAGGAAAUGUCAGAAAUCUCGGGAAACCAGUCGAGAUGGCCAGGAAAUACUACGAGCAGGGUGCAGACGAAGUUACCUUUUUGAACAUUACGAGUUUCCGGGAUUGUCCGCUGAAAGAUCUACCGAUGCUUGAGAUCUUGCGAAAGACAUCAGAGACCGUAUUUGUGCCAUUGACUAUUGGUGGUGGUAUUAGAGAUACCACAGACACAGAUGGGACGAAGGUCUCCGCAUUGGACAUUGCCACGAUGUAUUUCAAGAGUGGUGCGGAUAAAGUCUCUAUCGGAUCGGAUGCCGUAACUGCAGCCGAAGAAUAUUAUGCUGCUGGAAAGAAACUGUCUGGGAAGACGGCCAUUGAGCAAAUAUCACAAGCCUAUGGAAACCAAGCGGUGGUCGUGAGCGUAGAUCCAAAGAGGAUUUAUGUCUCAGAGGCAGCUGCAACGAAGCACAACACCGUCCAAACAAAAUAUCCAGGUCCGAACGGCGAGCAGACUUGUUGGUAUGCCUGCACUAUCAAAGGUGGCCGAGAAACAAGGGACAUGGAUGUGGUCGAGUUAGUGGCCGCUGUGGAAGCAAUGGGCGCAGGAGAAAUCCUCCUGAAUUGCAUAGACAAAGAUGGAACCAACAGCGGGUUCGACCUUGAGCUAAUCAAUCAAGUCAAGGGCGCUAUUAAGAUACCCGUUAUAGCUUCAAGUGGUGCUGGAAAUCCUGGCCAUUUUGAAGACGUAUUCGCGAAGACCACGACGGAUGCAGCUCUUGGGGCGGGAAUGUUUCACAGGGGGGAGUACACGGUGAAACAGGUGAAGGAUUUCCUUGGCGAGAAGGGGUUGAUGGUCCGUCAGUUUGAGAGCGAAUUAUAA